AUGUCGGGUGGAGAGGCCACUUUGGCAACACAGAGGAAAAGAGUUAUUAGAUUCUCACUACGCCUAACCUUUUCAUACCCUCUCUAUAUCAGCAUUACUUUCUUUAUCACCCUCUCACUUUCGUUUCCUCUCUUUUUUCCUCUCUCUAAGAGGCUGCUUUGCCUCCCUUUCACCUUUGCCCUAUCUCCAAUUUCUCUUCUUUUUUCAAUUGCCUUCCUCUUUCUCGUCCCUCACACUUGCAUUUUUCUCUUCCUCUUAAAUACAAUCUAUCUAUCUAUCUAUCUAUCUAUCUAUCUAUCUAUCUAUCUAUCUAUCUCAUUCACAUCAUCAUCUAUCUAUCUAUCUAUCUAUCUAUUAUCUAUCUAUCUAUCUAUCUAUAUCUAUCUAUCCCAGUCUAUUGACAUCUAUCUAUCUAUCUAUCUAUCUAUCUAUCCCAUCUAUCUAUCUAUCUAUCUAUCUCAGUCUGUUCACAUCUAUCUUUCUAUCUAUCUCAGCCAGUUCACAUCUAUCUAUCUAUCUAUCUAUCUAUCUAUCUAUCUAUCUAUCUAUCUAUCUAUCUAUCCCAGUCUAUUGACAUCUAUCUAUCUAUCUAUCUAUCUAUCUAUCUAUCUAUCUAUCUAUCUAUCUCAGUCUGUUCACAUCUAUCUAUCUGUCUGUCUAUCUAUCUAUCUUGCCAGCUUUAUCUUUCUGUUUAUAAGUGUUUUUCUUUCGGUAAUUUCUGUGUUUUUCUGUAAUUCGCGACCCAUUCUCAUUUUCUCCUUCGCUCUUACUCAUUUCAUUUCCCCUUCUCUUUCUUCUUUCAUCUUUCUCUAUCCAUAUUUCGUUCUCUGCAACUUUCUGAUCUCUCCCUUUCUUUCAUUGUAUUCCUUCCAUGUAUAUCUAACUCCCUCUCUUCUGUUGUUUAAAACCUCCCUCUCCUAUCUCUCGUUUCUACUCUGUAAUUCUUUCCUUUCUCUCUCUCUCUCUCUCCCCGUCUCUUUCGUUCUCAACUUAUACCAUUUCCUUUACUCAUUCGCUACCCAAGAAUAUUUCUUUGUGCAAACCUUCAUUUGGCAAUCUAUUCGUCAGAGAGCCAAUGGAGUGUUCGUUCUCCGUUUCAGACCAUUGAAAACAACCACAAACAAUUUUCCCUAUUCAUACUGCCAUUUUGUUUCUCUCUAUUGUCAUCUAUCUAAAACGAAGCUGUUUAUUCACACGCCCGUUCUCGAUCUGUUUUCUCGUAAUAAACAUAUUAUCAGUAACACUGACGAGCUGAUUCUUUAUUUCCUUUUUGUCUUUUAUUCUUCCUUUUUCUCGCUCUUUCGAGAACAACUAACCCUCUAUCUAUCUAUCUAUCUAUCUAUCUAUCUAUCUAUCUAUCUAUCUAUCUAUCUAUCUAUCUAUCUAUCUAUCUAUCACAGCAUGAUUAUAUCUGAUACUUUCUUUCUUUCUUUCUUUCUUUCUUUCUUUCUUUCUAUUUCAGUAUUAUUAUAUCGGAUAUAUUCCUUGUUUUUGCUACAGUUUGAUUGUUUCAUCUAUCUAUCUAUCUAUCUAUCUAUCUAUCUAUCUAUCUAUCUAUCUAUCUAUCUAUCUAUCUAUCUCCAUACAGGUGCCUUCUGUAGAAAACAAAUUUAA